CAAUUUGUUGUAACUUGUAUACCACCCACUCCAUUGGCACUAACCAAUCGUAUUCACUCACUUCAGCCCCCCAGCCCAUCUCUCUCUCUCUCUCUCUCUCUCUCUCUCUCUCUCUGCCCAAAAGGCGUUUUUGUAGCAACUAGCCUAAAUUGCAUGGGGGAGAAUUUCAUCCAAAAAAUUAGGAAUAAAUAAAUAACAAAGAAAAGUAAAAGAUAAGGGCAAAAAUCAAAUCCUUCACUCCUGAAAAAGAAAUGAACUUUUUUUUUUUCCUGUUGGGUCUAAAUUCCCAUCCUCAUAAAACUCUAAAGUAUGAGAAACAGAGCAAAAGAUAAGAUUAAUUACAACCCCCCUGGCUCCAAGAGAGAGAAAGACACAGAGAGAGAUAUAUCAGAUGGGUAUAUUAGUUUGAGAUAGAAAAUACUUGUGCUGGGUUUUGUUGGUUGGUGAAAUAUUUUUUGGGGAUGUCAGGUGGUGGAUGCAGUGUAGUCUGGUUCAGGAGAGAUCUGAGGGUGGAAGAUAACCCAGCUUUAGCUGCUGGAGUGAGAGCAGGAAGUGUGGUUUGUGUCUUUAUUUGGGCACCUGAGGAAGAAGGCCCAUAUUACCCGGGAAGGGUGUCAAGAUGGUGGCUCAAACACAGCUUGGCUCAUCUUGAUUCCUCUUUGAGAAGUCUGGGCACAUCUCUCAUCACCAAGAGGUCCACUGACAGUGUUUCUUCUCUUCUUGAGGUUGUUAUUUCCACUGGUGCCACUCAGCUCUUCUUCAACCACUUAUAUGAUCCUAUAUCACUGGUUAGGGAUCACCGGGCCAAGGAGGUUUUAACUGCUCAAGGCAUAGCUGUGCGUUCCUUUAAUGCGGAUUUGCUCUACGAACCAUGGGAUGUUAAUGAUGUCAAUGGUCGCCCGUUCACCACCUUCGAUGCUUUUUGGGGAAGAUGCCUUAGCAUGCCAUAUGACCCAGAUGCACCGCUUCUCCCCCCUAAGAGAAUUAUAUCAGGUGACACAUCAAGGUGCCCUUCUGAUACAUUGGUUUUUGAAGAUGAAUCAGAGAAGGGAAGCAAUGCGCUUCUUGCUCGAGCUUGGUCACCUGGGUGGAGCAACGCUGAUAAGGCUCUGACCACAUUUAUAAAUGGACCAUUACUUGAGUACUCUCAAAACCGCAGGAAGGCUGAUGGUGCCACAACAUCAUUACUUUCUCCCCAUUUGCAUUUUGGGGAGCUAAGUGUGAGAAAAGCAUUUCAUCUUGUUUGCAUCAAGCAGGUUCUUUGGGCCAAUGAAGGCAACAAGGCUGGUGAAGAGAGUGUGAACUUGUUUCUGAAGUCUAUUGGUCUUAGGGAAUAUUCAAGGUACAUUAGUUUUAAUCAUCCUUACAGUCACGAAAGACCUCUUCUUGGGCACCUAAAGUUCUUCCCCUGGAUUAUAAAUCAGAGCUAUUUUAAGGCAUGGAGGCAAGGUAGAACUGGCUAUCCAUUGGUGGAUGCUGGCAUGAGAGAGUUGUGGGCCACAGGCUGGCUGCAUGAUCGUAUACGAGUAGUAGUUUCUAGUUUUUUUGUAAAGGUUCUACAGCUUCCAUGGAGGUGGGGAAUGAAGUAUUUCUGGGAUACACUCUUAGAUGCUGAUCUUGAAAGUGAUGCUCUUGGUUGGCAGUAUAUAUCUGGUACUAUACCCGAUGGUCGUGAAUUUGACCGCAUAGAUAAUCCACAGUUUGAAGGUUACAAAUUUGACCCAAAUGGAGAAUAUGUGCGAAAGUGGCUUCCUGAACUUGCCAGACUUCCAACUGAAUGGAUACACCACCCAUGGAAUGCACCAGAAUCUGUACUCCAAGCAGCUGGAAUUGAAUUAGGAUCGAAUUACCCUCUCCCUAUUGUAGGAAUAGAUGCGGCGAAAACCAGGUUGCAAGAAGCAUUAUUAGAGAUGUGGCAGCACGAAGCUGCUUCAAGAGCUGCUGUUGAAAAUGGAACUGAAGAAGGGCUUGGAGAUUCCUCUGAAUCAACCCCAAUUGCCUUUCCUCAAGACAUACAAAUGGAGGAAAAUUAUGAACCCGUGAGGAACAACCUUCCUGCCACCCGAAGGUAUGAAGAUCAGAUGGUCCCAAGCAUGACUACAUCUUUGGUGAGAGUUGAAGAGGAAGAAAGUUCAUUGGAAAUUCAAAAUUUGGUGGAAGAAACCAGAGGAGAAGUGCCUACGAAUGAAAUGGUGAAUCAAGAACCAAGAAGAGACACUUUAAACCAAGGGGUUUUGCAGACUAUUCGUAACAACACUCUGCCACAACCAAAUGCCGCAAUAGGGCUGCAACAUGCUAUUGAAGAUUCCACUGCAGAAUCUUCCGGUAGCAGUAGGAGAGAGAGGGAUGGAGGGGUAGUUCCAGUCUGGUCUCCUUCAACUUCUAGCUACUCGGAGCAGUUUGCAAGUGAUGACAAUAGCAUUGGAACAAGUUCUUACUUGCGAAGACAUCCACAGUCUCACCAAAUAAUGAAUUGGAGGCGGCUAUCUCAAACUGGGUAAAACAUAUAGAUGCAAAUAGGGAAAAAAAAAAAAAAAAAAGUGUGGUGUGGUGAAGUGAUGCACGCCAUCAAAUGGAUUUGGGGAAGGUGAACAUAUCUUCCACAUUGACCUUCCAACCCUUUCUCCUGUCCACGAGUGACCUCAAACAGCAGUAGACCUCCUGUGUGUGAUAUUUUCUAAUUAAUACAGGCAACUUAUUAGCUAUCCUUUUCUUCUUUUUUCUUGUUCUACUAUAAUGCAGCUCUGUUGUAUAGCAAUGUUGUACUUAUAAAGGAAGAGAGUGAAAUAAGAUAUGUAGUCAUUGAAUAAACUCAGGUUUUUGCUUUCUCA